UUAUCAUGUGUUCACCACAGAUCCGGGGGCAGGUUCUCGCAGCAGGAAAAAGACAGGACGUAAGAUGUGAUCGGACAAAAAUAGUGUCAAUGCGACAUGUUACUGCAUUUGAGAGAUAAAUGCUUUCAACAAACGCACGUUUUCGUUUCUAGAGAAGGAUGAACGCGAUGUCCCUGUGAAACCCCUGCUCCUACACUGUGGCUGUAGAAAGCACCAUGCUGGAUAAACCCAGUGAUAAAGACCAGCAGGCCGGCCAGUGUUCAGACUGUGGAUGCACUUUCAGCCUGCCAGAGCCUGAGCCUGACUCGACCAGCACGUCGUCCUCUCCCAACCAGCAGCAGACAUUCCAGACCAGGUGCCUGUCCUGCCAAGCGGAAGACAGCCUCCCCAAUAGCCGGCGGCCGCACCGGCGCAUCCGCCUGGACCCCCACAUUUGUAGCCUAUGCAACAAAACCUUCAUCUCCUCCGCCCACCUGACCCUUCACCUCACCUCCCACAACAAGGAGAGGAAGUUCAGAUGCAGCACCUGUGGCAAGUUCUUCCAUCAGUCCUCCCAUCUGAUGGCGCACAAAAUAAUCCACAGUGGAGACAGGCCGUUCAAAUGUCCAGAGUGUGGCAAGACCUUCGGCCGCGCCUCCCAUCUGAAGACGCACAGCCGGCUCCAUACUGGCGAGAAGCCCUUUAAGUGCUCCUACUGUGACAAGUGUUUCACGCAGAAGGCCGGGCUCCUAGCGCACGUUCGUAUACACACAGGGGAGCGGCCGUACAAGUGUGAGCGGUGCGGUGAGGGUUUUCGGUCUUUGUCCCUCCUGCUCACUCACAAAGCCCAGGAGUCCUCUGGGAAGGCUAAACCAGCGCCUGCAGCAGCAUCGACUCAACCUGAGAAAACACAGGGUAGCACAGAGGAUCUGAAGUGCGGCGUCUGCUGCCGCACCUUUGUCCGAUCAUCAUACAUCCGGCUGCACAUACGCCUCAAGAAAGGACUGCGGCCGUAUCACUGCAAAGUGUGCAACAAGACCUUUGUCAAGCUGGACACCUUUGUGAACCACUGUGAUAAACACUUGAGGAAAAAAAAGGAUAAAAGUAAGGAGGUUAAAGUCAAAGUUGUUAAACCCCCUCUGUUUGUUCCACUCUCCAGGCCUUCACCACCUCCUCUUCCUCCUGAUCCUGAAUCCCUACCCACUCAGCCUUUAUCCUCAGAUGUCAACACACGCUCCAGGUCAAAAGCAAAGACUAAAACAGAGCAAUGACCAAGAAGUGGGUAUCCAGUGACAAAAAUGGUCUUUAAUACAAUUCUGCUUUUGUCAUAUUAAUAUAUUGACAUAAAAAGUCACUUGUUUCCAAAUUAUCAAAAGGGCAAAGAACACAGUGGCAGUUGAAUAACUCUAGAAACACAACCGUUUUUACAAUUUACGAAUUGUACAGUUAUUUAAUUUAGAAUAUUAAAUUUUAUUGUGAACAAUUCAGUGUUUUUAUUGCACAUUUUAGCUUGUGUGAGGGAUUAUUAAUAGUACCAAUACUAUUUCUGUGGCAUGCAUGUUCACUUUAAUCUUUUAAUAUAAAUCUCCAAUUGUUGUAAUUCAUGGUAAAUCGGUUGUUUUCUUAACUCCAUACAGGCCUUGUACAAUUUAUGAAUGCAAA